CAAGUCAAAUGUAGCUCUUUCAAUCCUUCAUGAAGCUUUAAAAAAACAACCAGGUAUAUUCAAACUUGAUGUUCUCGAUUAUCAAAAACAACCACCAACAAAAGAUCAAUUAAGAAAUAUUGUUCAAUAUCUUGGUAUUGAACAUGACUUAAAUAAAAUUCUUCGAGAAGACACUUCGACUGCAGCCGGUGAAGAAAGUAUGCAAGAAACAAUAAAGGCAGCUCAUAAUGUUAAUGAAUU